AUGUUGCAGAGUCUCGACUUAGAUCUUUUAGCAGAGUCAAUGAGUACACCUCCCAUACUUCACAUACUGACGUCACGGAGCAAGGAAGAGGUCAAGUUAAGUACUGACAGCGCUUUGAUAAUAACGUCUAACACUUUUUUUUAUUUAUUCCGUGCAUUCGUCGUGGACAAGUUGUUGAGAUAUUGUGUAUAUAUUACCAACGCGCAACUUCAUUUAGUUUAUUGUAAGUAUUUGUUUGAAUCCAGUAUUUUCUUUCUGUGGCCAAUAUUUUUUACUUCUCUAUACUUGGACAGUAUUGUGACUAUCCCAUUUACUAUUUUGAUUUUCGUCGUGGACUAUUUUACGUUUGUAAUCACUUAUCAAUGCCUGAUUGAAGUUAUAGUUUGUGAGUGGCAAGUACUUAAACGGUGGCAUGCAGCAGUAAUAUUGUAUAUUUUGUCAAAUUUAUAUCAGCAAAAAUGGUUUACAAUAAACAAAUGGCUCAUAGCAUACGGGAUUCGUUCAGCUACAUUAACUGAAUUAUUAAUAAUAACCUUCUUAUACCCCCUGACUAGACUCUUGGAGGAUAUAACGUUCCAUACUGGGAUUGCUCCUUCUUUAAUUGCUGUUAUAAGCUUACGACUCGUGUGCUUAAUUUAUAUUGUAAGUUAUUUGUAUUGGAUUGUUAAGUUUCUCAUAAUAACCUCGCCAUCUCUUUUCGGAAUUUUUUUACCACCAAAAUGGAAAACAGCAAUAACUUAUGUAUUGGUUUUACUUCUGACAGCUGGAUUACUAAUUAAAUUGUAUAACAUUGUCGUAAUUAAAAAGAAGAGUUGGAAGCUGAUAUUUGUCCCCGUCAAAGAUUGGGGUCCAUUUGAUUUGUCUUUGAGGUUAUUAAGAAAAAAAUAUGAUUCCUCAAAAUAUGUUCAGUCACAAGCGCCAAGAGACCUGAGUAGAUACUUAAUCCAAAAAGCUGAACCGAAUUCAUAUAAGCUCGACCUGCGGUAUGGGCUAUCGCCAAAAUCGAUGUUGUAUGUACCUGCGUCCAGGAAACGAUACAAGUAACCGAAUAAAAAA